UAUUUGAGGAUAAAAACGCAGAUAACCGAUCAGACCGUAACACCUGCCGGACAGUCCGCGCUCCUACCGGCAGAACCAGCACCGUGGCACCGACAUGGCCGGGAACAGAGACAGAUCCACCGACCAGCUGAAGGACUGGAAGGAGACCAGAGGCUCUCAGAGGCCAGACACGCUGACUACAGGUGGAGGGAACCCUGUGGGAGACCACCAGAACGUGCUGACGGCCGGGCCGCGGGGGCCCCUGCUGGUCCAGGAUGUGGUCUUCACAGACGAGAUGGCCCACUUCGACCGGGAGAGAAUCCCCGAGAGAGUGGUGCACGCCAAGGGAGCAGGAGCGUUUGGCUACUUCGAGGUGACUCAUGACAUCACUCGCUACUGUAAAGCCAAAGUGUUCGAGCACGUCGGCAAGACCACGCCCAUCGCCGUCCGCUUCUCCACCGUCGCGGGUGAGUCGGGGUCCUCGGACACGGUGCGGGACCCUCGAGGCUUCGCCGUCAAGUUCUACACCGAGGAGGGAAACUGGGACCUGACGGGCAACAACACGCCCAUCUUCUUCAUCAAGGACGCCAUGCUGUUCCCGUCGUUCAUCCACACCCAGAAGAGAAACCCCCAGACCCACAUGAAGGACCCCGACAUGUUCUGGGACUUCAUGAGCCUGAGGCCGGAGACUCUGCACCAGGUUUCCUUCGUGUUCUCUGAUCGAGGUUUGCCCGACGGCUUCCGCCACAUGAACGGCUACGGCUCGCACACCUUCAAGAUGGUCAACGCCGCCGGAGAGCCCGUCUACUGCAAGUUCCACUACAAGACGGAUCAGGGGAUCAAGAACAUGCCGGUGGCGGACGGGGAGCGCCUCGCCUCCACCAGCCCAGAUUACGCCAUCGGGGACCUGUUCAACGCCAUCGCCACGGGGAACUUCCCGUCCUGGACCUUCUACAUCCAGGUCAUGACCUUCGAUCAGGCCGAGAGGCACCAGUUCAACCCCUUCGACCUCACCAAGGUGUGGUCCCAUAAGCAGUUCCCUCUGAUCCCAGUGGGUAAACUGGUUCUGAACAGGAACCCAGUGAACUACUUCUGUGAGGUGGAGCAGAUGGCCUUUGACCCCAGCAACAUGCCGCCGGGCAUCGAGCCCAGUCCAGACAAGAUGCUGCAGGGUCGUCUGUUCUCCUACCCCGACACUCACCGUCACCGUCUGGGGGCAAACUACCUCCAGCUGCCCGUCAACUGUCCGUACCGCGCCCGAGUCUCCAACUACCAGAGAGACGGACCCAUGUGCAUGUCUGACAACCAGGGUGGCGCUCCCAACUAUUACCCCAACAGCUUCAGUGCUGCAGAGGUCCAGCCUCACUGUGUCCAGUCAAAGUUCAAGGUUUCUGCUGACGUAGCUCGCUACAACACCGACGACGACGACAACGUCACCCAGGUGCGAGCGUUCUACUCUCAGGUCCUGAACGAAGGCGAGCGCCAGCGGCUCUGUGAGAACAUGGCCGGGGCCCUGAAGGCAGCACAGCUCUUCAUCCAGAAACGCAUGGUGGAGAACCUGAAGGCGGUCCAUCCAGAUUAUGCUAACCGUGUUCAGACUCUCCUCAACAAAUACAACGCCGAGGCUCAGCAGAACUCGUCUGUGCGUGUUUACAGCCGUCCGGGCGUCUCGGCCGUCGCCGCGUCCUCCAAGAUGUGAAUCCUGCAGCGUCCAGCGGGGGGCGCCCCCCCCCCCGUCUCCAUGCCAACGCACUUAUUGAUCUCUAAUCGCUACGAUCAGUCACACGGCAGCGUGUUGGGACCGUCGGAGGGAACAAAGAAGAGAAGAAGAGCUGGAAUUUACAAGCUCAGAGUCAGAAAUUCAUGACAAAAAUACCACAAAAACUAUGAUAUUAAAAUAUUAAAGUGGGCAGUUUUACCACAAAACUUUAUACUUCAUACAUGUUGAUUUUUGUCAAAAAAUUUCAAAUUUUUUAAAUGGCUAAAAAUGCUUAAAAUGGGUCAAUUAUAGUCUGUUGAUACGUAUGGUAGUAGUUUUUCAAAAAAAAAUUGAGGAAAAACACCAUAUUAUGGGAUUUCCAAAAAUUGGACAAAAACUAAAAAGUCAAUUUAAAGGCAUGUCGUUAUUUGUCAAAAAUGGUAACAUUUUAAAAUGCCUAAAAAUGCUUAAAAUGGGCAGAUUAUAGACUAUUACUGGAUAAUAAUGACAGAAAAACACCAUAUUAUGAGAUAUCCAAAGAUGACCCUCCAAAAUAAAAUUAAUAUAAUAGCAUGUUGAUUUUUGUCAAAAUUAUUCAAAUUUUAAAAAAGGCCUAAAAAUACUUAAAAUGGGCAGAUUAUAGAGAAAAUUAGCCUCUAAAAAAAGUCAAACUGUAGCAUGUUGUUUUUUGUCAAAAAUGGUCAAAUUUUAAAAUGCUUGAAAAUGGAUCAAUUAUAAUCCGUUGAUAUAAAAUUUGCUUGGAUUAAAGUAGCAAAUCAACAAAAAAAAGAUACAUUUACAAGGAAAAAAACUCCAUUCUUUGACAAUUUCUACAUUUGUUUGUGUGCAAAAUCUAUGACUUCAUUAUCUCAGAGUUUAAUUUCAUGUCAGUUCAUGAAUUUCUGACUUAAAUCUGAGGAAAUUCAAAUUUUUUUGUUGUUAGAAUCUGGCUUCCUUUGUUUCCAACGACAACAGCCCAACACGUUGCCGUGGUGACGAGCUUUGACUUUUCAUCAAUGAGACUGAAAUAGUAACUUUGUCUUGUCAGCAGUUUGAGGUUAAUUCAUCUUUAAAUCACUCUCGAGAGUUUUAUUAUUAAAGAUUUAGAUCGUAUUAAAUCAAUGAACCUAAACUGCUGUUGAAUCUCUGACAUGUUAUGAUUGUUUCUAAUAAUUCCUCAGGUUUUGUGUUCUACUAUCUUAUGAUCAAAGUAUUCAAAAGGUCUUCAAAAACAAAAUAUAAAUAUAUAUAUAUAUGUAAUCCUGACAUUCACAGCAUGAAUCUUCUCUUCAGAUGGAAAAACACCUUGAUUUGUUUGCAGUUUUUGACCCGAAUAUUGUGACAAACAAUGUUUGUUUUUGUUUUUAAUCUUACUAUCAGUUGUUUGCUUCUUUAUAUCUUGUUUCUUGUUCCAACUGAUGAAGUUUAAAGAUGAAUUAUUUCCACUAGAGCUGAAAUAACAGAACAGUGCCUUUAUGUUUCCUUAAACACCAGAUUAAACCUUCAACUGGAAGAAUGAAUUACAACAUUAGAGUUAAUGAACACUGAUUAAUAGAGGUGAAAUGGUUUUCUGGUAUUUUAAUAUUAAUGACAUCAUGUUUGGUCCACAAAGGUCCCGACAGGAUGAAAACAAUCAAUCUAACGUCCAACAUGAAUCAUUCAUCUAACCUGCCUUUGUUUGUUUGUUUGUUUGUUUUAUAAUCAGAAUGUAACAGAUUGUCUUCUAUUAGUGUUUGAGUUGACAUGUAUAUUUAGAGCCGCUAUUAAUUGAUUUGUAAUCAAAUAAAAGUCUUUCAGCAGCUUU